AGCCUGGGACGCCGGCGCCGUGCGCCUCGGCCCCCCCCGGGGGUGCUGCCGCCAUGGCGGCGUCCAAGGUCGUCGCGGCCGCUGCGGCCGUGCUUGCGAUGGCCGCCAUGGCGCCCGCGCUCUCGGCGGCGUUCGCCGGCCCGGCGGGCUCCCCGCUGGCCGGCUCGCUCGGCGUCGGCCCGCUCUCCGGGCCGCGGGUGGGCGCGGCGGCGGCGACGCAGCGCGUGGACCCCGCCGAGUUGCAGACGCCUGGUGCUGCUUCGGCCGCAGCGGUGGCGGCUUGUGUCCUGGCGCUCGCGAUGGGCGCUCGCAGGCGCCAGCAAACACCUCGAGGGCUUGUGCGAAUGCACGCCGGAGCCCGCGCGAUGAGGGACACGGAGCGGAGGGCGAAGGGGGUCUUCAACCACCGCACGGAGAGGAUAGAGUGGUAUGAGUGUGGCAUGGACACUAGCCAGGCAAAGAGGGUCGAGCACCAUCCGAAAGGCAUGAGGGGCUGGAAAGAUGACAAGUGCAUGUACGAGCCGAUGAAGCCACCAGCCCGCCAAGCCCUGGGACGCAUCUUCGAUCCCAUCUGCGUGUUCAAGCAGAAGGAGUUCCGUUUGUCGUCUCCAGCCAGCUUGGACUUCAAGGAGAUCAAAGAGACUGCAACGUACAUGGUCCCGAAGGACACCUCUGAGAUUGUCACACCAGCCAAGGUGCCUGAGUUCCUCCAGGUCAGAGUCCCGAGCAUCAUGGAGCGGUCCUUAGGGGCGAAGCGUCCGCCGCAGGACGACGCCGAGUAUGCGGAGUACGCCGACAAGAAGUGCACACUCGCCGACGCGGCGACGAAGGUGAUCCCCGACAGUUUCAGCCACGACUUCGUCGCAGACCGCGCAGCGCUCCUGGCGCUGCUCGAGUGGGGAAGCGGCACGCUGACUCCAAUGCUGAGAAAGGAGGGCCAGCAGAAUAACCCCAUAGACAUCGUGAAGAUCUCCAAGACCGACGGGGGCAAAGCCCUGGUGCUUGAUUGCUUGUACGACAAGAUGAACCUUUACGCCGAGCAGCCCCAAAAGAGGAGCAAGUUCAACCCCGCCGAGAGACCUUUAGGGGGAUUCAAGGAUGCCCUGCACCUCUACGUUACUGGUGACCAGACAAAGAACUGGAACAUAAAGGGCUAUAGCCAGCACGUGAAGGAUCACAACCUGCCGAAGUGCUACAAGUUCUUGGACGUUCCGAUCGAUGGGCUCAAGCUCACAGUGCGCGCCCCGAAGACUCACGUCCACAAGGGGAGAAGAUACCUGGACGAGGAGG